AUGGUCAACUCCUGCUGUGGAUCCGUCUGCUCCGACCUGAGCUGCGGAAGGGGCUGCUGCCAAGAGACCUGCUGUCAGCCCAGCUGCUGCAGUAGUCCUUGCUGCCCCCCGACGUGCUGCCAGACCACUUGCUGCAGAACCACCUGCUGCCGCCCAACCUGCUGCAGGCCCACUUGCUGCCAGCCCACUUGCUGCCGUCCAAUCUGCUGCCCUUGCUGCCGCCCAACAUGUUGCCAAACCACUUGCUGCCGGACGACUUGCUGCCGCCCGACCUGCUGUGUGCCCACCUGCUGCCAGCCUUGCUGCCGCCCAACAUGUUGCCAAACCACUUGCUGCCGGACGACUUGCUGCCGCCCGACCUGCUGUGUGCCCACCUGCUGCCAGCCUUCUUGCUGUGUGUCUACCUGCUGCAGACCGUGUUGUCCCCCGCCGUGCUGCGGGUCCAGCUGCUGCCAGCCUUGUUGCCGCCCUUCCUGCUGCCUGUCCAGCUGCUGCAGGCCCUGCUGCCCGCCAACGUGCUGUGUGUCCAGCUGCUGCCAGCCUUGCUGCCGCCCAACCUGCUGCCAAACCACGUGCUGCCGGACGACUUGCUGCCGCCCAAGCUGCUGCGGAUCCCCUUGCUGCCAGCCUUGCUGCCCCCCUACUUGCGGUCCGUCGUGUUGCUGCUGAGCAUCCUGCCUGGCAAGGAGAG